GCCCGCCGGCCAACCGGUGUGAGAAUACGGGGUCGGCCUUCCUGCAGCGUCUUCCGCUCGCCGGCUGCGGCGCCUGGGACGGUUGCGGUGGGUCUGGGCGCUGGGAAGCCGUCCAAGAUGAUUAAAAAAUUCGACAAGAAGGACGAGGAGUCUGGGGUUAAGACUGCCCGGUGGGACACAGCUCAUUGAAUGCGCAGGCAUCCAGAAGUGACUUGCGUGUUGAUACCUGUCUGUGGUGCAGUGCAAAGUGGGGAAGAUGCCAAGCCUCUUCAAAAAAAAAAAAAAAAAUCUUCAGCUCUUCAGUGGUAGCUGCUCUCACAAGUGUGGUGGAAGGUUGGGUAGUGGUUCCAAUCCUUUCCAGCAUUUGGAGAAGAGUGCUGUGUUGCAGGAGGCACGCAUAUUCAAUGAAACCCCCAUCAAUCCGAGAAGAUGCUUGCAUAUCUUGACAAAGAUUCUGUAUUUACUCAACCAGGGUGAGCCCUUUGGAACGAUGGAAGCUACAGAAGCCUUCUUUGCAAUGACUCGCUUGUUUCAAUCUAAUGAUCAAACAUUGAGGAGAAUGUGCUACCUUACUAUCAAAGAAAUGGCCACCAUCUCUGAAGAUGUGAUCAUCGUCACAAGCAGUCUGACCAAGGACAUGACUGGAAAGGAAGAUGUAUACCGAGGCCCAGCCAUCAGGGCUCUCUGCAGAAUCACAGAUGGAACAAUGUUGCAAGCUAUUGAGAGAUACAUGAAGCAGGCCAUUGUGGACAAAGUCUCCAGUGUAUCCAGUUCAGCACUUGUAUCUUCCUUACACAUGAUGAAGAUAAGCUAUGAUGUGGUUAAACGAUGGAUAAAUGAAGCCCAAGAAGCUGCAUCAAGUGACAAUAUAAUGGUGCAGUACCACGCAUUGGGAGUACUUUAUCACCUUAGGAAGAAUGAUCGGCUCGCUGUCUCCAAGAUGUUAAAUAAGUUCACCAAAUGUGGUCUCAAAUCACAGUUUGCAUACUGUAUGCUAAUUCGAAUUGCUAGUCGCCUACUGAAAGAAAGUGAGGAUGGUCAUGAAAGUCCACUCUUUGAUUUCCUUGAGAGCUGCUUGCGAAAUAAACAUGAAAUGGUUAUUUAUGAAGCUGCCUCUGCCAUUAUUCAUCUUCCCAACUGUACUGCAAGAGAGUUGGCGCCUGCCGUCUCAGUUCUUCAACUUUUCUGUAGCUCUCCUAAGCCAGCCUUGAGAUACGCAGCUGUGAGGACCUUGAACAAAGUGGCAAUGAAGCACCCCUGUGCUGUGACUGCCUGCAACCUGGACUUAGAAAACUUAAUCACAGACUCAAACAGAAGCAUUGCUACACUGGCCAUUACUACAUUGCUCAAAACAGGAAGUGAGAGCAGUGUGGACAGGCUUAUGAAGCAGAUAGCUUCUUUUGUAUCUGAAAUCUCAGAUGAGUUCAAGGUGGUGGUUGUACAGGCCAUUAGUGCUCUCUGUCAGAAGUACCCUCGAAAGCACAGCGUCAUGAUGACUUUUCUUUCCAACAUGCUUCGAGAUGAUGGAGGUUUUGAAUACAAAAAGGCCAUUGUGGACUGCAUAAUCAGCAUUGUGGAAGAGAACCCUGAGAGUAAAGAAGCUGGUCUAGCCCACCUCUGUGAAUUCAUUGAGGACUGUGAACACACCGUUCUGGCUACUAAGAUUCUACACUUACUGGGCAAAGAGGGCCCUAGAACUCCAGUCCCCUCCAAGUAUAUCAGAUUCAUUUUUAAUAGGGUAGUCCUGGAAAAUGAGGCUGUCAGAGCUGCUGCUGUGAGUGCUUUGGCCAAAUUUGGAGCUCAGAAUGAGAGCCUUCUCCCAAGCAUCCUUGUACUCUUACAAAGGUGUAUGAUGGAUACUGAUGAUGAGGUACGGGACCGAGCUACCUUCUACCUGAAUGUGCUGCAGCAGAGACAGAUGGCCCUGAAUGCUACAUAUAUCUUCAAUGGUCUGACAGUCUCUAUACAAGGGAUGGAAAAGGCCUUACACCAGUAUACCCUAGAACCUUCAGAAAAACCCUUUGACUUGAAGUCCAUUCCUCUUGCUAUGGCUCCUGUCUUUGAACAGAAGUCAGAAAUCACACUUGUGACUCCUAAGCCAGAAAAAUUGGCUCCUUCCAGGCAAGAUAUUUUCCAAGAACAAUUGGCUGCCAUUCCUGAGUUUAUGAGUCUGGGGCCCUUGUUCAAGUCUUCUGAGCCUGUUCAGCUCACAGAAGCUGAGACAGAGUACUUCGUGCGCUGUAUCAAGCAUGUGUUUACUGACCACAUUGUGUUCCAGUUUGAUUGUACCAACACUCUGAAUGACCAGCUGCUGGAAAAAGUAACAGUGCAGAUGGAACCAUCCGAUUCCUAUGAAGUACUGUGCUACAUCCCAGCCCCCAGCCUUACUUACAAUCAGCCAGGAAUAUGUUACACACUUGUUCGCUUGCCAGAGGAGGAUCCUAUAGCAGUUGCAGGCACCUUUAGCUGUACCAUGAAGUUUACAGUCCGGGAUUGUGACCCUAACACUGGAGUUCCAGAUGAAGAUGGAUAUGAUGAUGAGUAUGUGCUGGAAGAUCUUGAAGUGACUGUGUCUGACCAUAUUCAGAAGGUACUAAAACCUAACUUUGCUGCUGCCUGGGAAGAGGUGGGAGAUGCCUUUGAGAAAGAAGAAACCUUUGCCCUGAGCUCUACCAAAACUCUUGAAGAGGCUGUCAACAACAUCAUCACAUUUCUGGGCAUGCAGCCAUGUGAGAGGUCAGACAAAGUACCUGAGAAUAAGAAUUCCCAUUCCCUCUAUCUGGCAGGUGUGUACAGAGGUGGCUGUGACUUGUUAGUGCGGUCUAGGCUGGCCUUGGCAGAUGGAGUGACCAUGCAGGUGACUGUGAGAAGCAAAGAGAGAACACCUGUGGAUGUUAUCUUGGCUUCUGUGGGAUAGGUUCUUGCUGGGAAAGGUGAUGUGGCUAUGCUCUCCCUACUGGUGGAUUUUUAGUGGCAUGAAUUUCCCAGAAUCACACUUAAAGAUUAAUAGACUUUGAAGAAGUAAAUCCAAUGUUUGGCCCUGAGCCAGCAGAUCAAGCAAAUGUUUGCUUUGUGCAUGGAUUUUAGUGUUCAUCCCUUCUCACUGUCUCACUUGUUCAGCUUUGGUAUGACAGUGCAGCUUUGAAUGAUCUUGAAAACCAGAUACUAUCUAUGUAUGCUAUUCUACAGCUGCUUGGCUUCAUUAUAUGCUUUUAUUUAAUGUGUGAAAACUCUUGGCAAUGUUGGAAAAUUUUGUCCCAGAAGGGUGGAGGGGUAGGGGAAGCCGGAAUCCAUUUUUGUCAAGUUUGUUUUUAUUAAUAGAAAAUAAACACUCAUUCAUUCCAGUUUCAAA